AUGCCUUCAGGUAAAAGUUAUCGCAAGGUCUACUGCAAGUGUAUCAGUCGGAGAUGCGGCGAAGUUGAAUAUGUUGACGCUGACGGUCAGCAUCAACUUGGAAAUAAGAUCUUCCAACAUCUUGCCCGGGCCCAUCAACUUGACGACAAGCGUCGCCGUGUCACAUUGACAAAUGAGUUACCCGAGGAGCCCAUCAACAAGCCAGAUCCUGUGGCAGGUGUUGCCGGACCCCUCGAUACUCUUAUUCAAAAUCUACGUCUAUCUAGCACCGGAAUUUUUGGCGAUGAAUCUUCAAACCGUCUCUCCCAAGGCUCUAGCUUGCCUAUCUCUGCUCAGAUGGAAUCUUCAACAGACCAAUCAGAUAUUCAAAUGCCGAUGCAAUCAGAUCACGCUUUGUCCAGCACUUCAAGAAACCACGGAGCUGAGACUGGUCGAUCGAACCCAGACAUACCCGUUCAUGACACAAGUUCGUAUAUGGAAAAUCACCUCGAAACCGCGAAUCCUGUCUUGAUCUUCCCUCUCUUUGUUACGGCGAUUCUAGUAGUGUUCGAAAACAUAUCUUUAUCCACUGCCAACUGGCUUUUAAGCGUACUUCAAGGCUUCACGACCCUUGUCAAAACAUACGGAACUGGUUGCUCAACUGAAGAAACAACUCCGCUCACAUUUCUAGAUCAACUUGUGUUCGAUGAGAUGCCACGCGAUAUCCGUACAAUCUUUUCAAAUUUUCAACUCGAUCCCGAUCUUAUCAUUUUCAAUACUUGUCCUAUGUGUUUUGCGAUGUACCACAUCGAUCAUACUCCCAAAGCGUGUACCCGUCGAGUGAAUGAAGUACCCGGGUUGUUCCAGCCUGAUCCACCUGAUGAAAGGUUACUUGCUCGACGCCGCUAUUCAAGAAUUUUCGAGAUACUCCCGUACCGGUCCGCCAAUAUGGUGUUCAAAACCUCCACACCUGGGUCUCUCGCCUUAUUAGUCGGCAGAAUAUAG